UUUGUUUUCUGUCCGUUAGACCCAGAUUCUCUCUCUCUUCUUUCUCUCUCCUGAUCUCAAUUUCACCCUGCUUUGUAACAUGACCAGUAGCUGUUGCUUUUGCAUUACGAAUCAAUUUCACCGGUGAUGAAUCCAGUCACGGAGGCCCUACCGCCAUUGCCGCCGCAGCCCCACCGUCCCUCCACCUCCUGCGACCGUCACCCACAAGAACGUUUCACUGGUUUCUGCCCUUCAUGUCUCUGCGAGCGUCUUGCUGUUCUAGAACCUUCUUCGACUUCUACCUCUUCUCGAAAACCACCGCUUAACUCCUCCGCCGCCGCUGCCGCUUUAAAGGCCAUUUUCAGACCCUCUGCCGGCGCUGGUUUUCCCUCGGCUGCAUCUGGCCGGAAUAAACCGUCCUCGUUUUUUCCUGAGCUUCGUCGGACUAAGUCGUUCUCGGCGUCAAAGAACGAAGGGUUUUCCGGCGUUUUUGAGCCUCAGAGGAAAUCCUGCGACGUUAGGGCGCGGAAUACUCUGUGUACUCUUUUCACUCAGGAUGAUGAACGGAAUCCGUUGAAGAAUGAAGCUCCUCCGGUUAGUAAUGGCGGUGUUCACAUUGAGGAUGAACCGAGAAACUUGGCUUCUUCGUCUGAGGAAGAACAAGACGAAACGGAAACUGAACCUGAAAUUGAGAUUUCUGUGGAAUCCAAUGCCGGUAACGUAGUGGACGACAGAGUUCAAGAAAUCGUUGAAGAAGAUGAAGAAGAAGAACAAGGCGAGGAAGAGGAUCAUGAAGAACCAAGUAGGGCGGAAACGGAACUGGUUCAAGACGAUUUCAAGAGCAUAAAGGAUCACAUAGAUCUCGAUUCCCAACCUAAGAAACCCUCCGGUCGUGAUUUCAAGGAGAUUGCCGGCAGUUUCUGGUCCGCCGCCUCUGUUUUCAGCAAGAAAUGGCAGAAAUGGAGAGACAAACAGAAGCUCAAGAAACAGAGAAAUGGCGGUAGCUCCGUUGCAUUGCCGGUGGAGAAGCCGAUCGGCCGUCAAUUCAGAGAAACUCAGUCGGAAAUCGCCGAUUACGGCUAUGGCCGCCGAUCUUGCGAUACUGAUCCUAGAUUCUCCCUCGACGCCGGCCGAAUCUCCUUCGAUGAUCCUCGUUACUCCUUCGAAGAACCGCGAGCUUCUUGGGAUGGCUAUUUAGUAAGCCGUACUUUCACCAGAAUGCCGACGAUGCUCUCUGUUGUUGAAGAUGCUCCGAUUCACGUUUCUCGAACCGAUACUCAAAUUCCGGUUGAAGAGCCUGCAAUUCCCGGCAAUGACGACGAAACCGUCCCUGGUGGUUCAGAACAAACCAGAGAUUAUUACUCCGACUCCUCUCGCCGGAGAAGAAGCCUCGACAGAUCAAGCUCGUUAAGGAAGACGGCGGCAGCCGUCGUAGCGGAUAUGGACGAGGUCAAAUCAUCCUCAAACGCGAAAGUCUCUCCGGCCACCGCCGAUUUCUUCUCCGGUCCAAAAUUGGUAGUUCCAGACAAAAUCCAAAGAGAUUCCAACUCGAAUUCCUUGCGAGACGACUGUUCGGAGACCUUCGAAAUCCCUUUCAGAAACGGCGAGCGUAAGGAGGCGAAAAAGUCCCGGCGGUGGGGCAAAGGCUGGAACAUUCUGGCGUUUAUCCACCGCCGAAACGGCAACAAAUACGAAGACGACGACCGAUACAGCAGCAGAACGAACGGCGUAACCAGAUCCUUAUCGGAAUCAUGGCCGGAAUUUCGAGGCGAUCGAAACGGCGACGUUAGAGCAAUCGGAGGAAUCGGGGGAACGGGGUUUAAUCCCAAAAUGAUGAGAAGCAAUAGCAGUGUGAGCUGGAGAAGCUCGCAGAGCAACAACAAUGGCGGAUCGUUUGGGAGCAGCAUGAGAAAGAGCAACAAUGGCGGAUUGUGGAGGAAGAAGAAAGAAGAUUUGGUGUUGGAGAGAAAUCCUAGUGCGAGAUAUUCACCGAACGAGGUCGUCGACAAUGGGCUGUUACGAUUUUAUCUUACGCCGAUGAAGGGUGGUGGCAGCCGUCGUGGGGGGAUUGUGAAGAACCGGCCAAAUCCGGCACAGUCCAUUGCCAGAAGUGUACUGAGACUGUACUGAAAAAUCAAGAAGAAGAUGAAGAACAUGAUCAAAAGAUGGUGUAAUGUUUUUGUUGAAUUUGGUGGUGAAUUUCUGUGUAUUUUUUUUGUUGGAAUUGGAUU